CUGGGUGCCUGAAACUUGACAAUGUCUGGAUUUCCAGGAUGUGUCUGUUUGUUUGACAUGGAUAAGCUGCUGACUUAAAGGAUUCUGAGAACCAUUGGGAGGAACGCAAUUAUAGACGCAACAGCCAAAGAUACUAAAAUGUUAAGCCUAAAGAGAAAUGUGGUCAGCACUCAGCACUCCUAUGCGAACAUCCCCAAGGUGAUUGUACAAGACACCGAAAAGCAAUUAAGACGGAUAGAAAAUGGAGGUUGCAGUUCACUCUCUGAUGAUGAUGAUGAUGAUGACAGCGCCUCUACAAUGGAGCAUGGAAACCACCAAGGUGGGGAUGCUUUCAGAAGUAACUCCCAUGAAAAGGAAGGAACAUCUUCACAGAGGAGUCAGUAUUUGCCUGGUGCCAUUGCACUCUUCAAUGUUAACAACAGCAGCAAUAAAGAACAAGAGGUGAAAGAGGAAAAGAAAAAGAAAAAAGAAAAGAAAAGUAAAUCUAGUGAUAAAAAGAAGAAAAAGGAUCCAGAGAAGAAAAAGAAUAAAGAAAAAGAGAAAGAAAAAGAGAAAGAGAAAAAGAAAGAAGAUCAGAGUAAAGAUAAGAAAGAAGAUGAGAAGAAAGAAAUUAUGGUUAUUGAUCCAGCAGGGAACACAUAUUACAACUGGCUGUUUUGUAUCACUUUGCCUGUGAUGUACAACUGGACCAUGGUCAUUGCAAGAGCAUGUUUUGAGGAACUUCAGUCUAAUUACUUAGAAUAUUGGAUUAUUUUUGAUUACUUAUCCGAUGCAAUCUAUCUUCUUGACAUGUUUGUACGAACGAGAACAGGUUACCUGGAACAAGGAUUAUUGGUAAGAGACGAGGCUAAACUAAUAGAUAAAUAUAAAUCACAUUUACAAUUCAAACUUGAUGUUCUCUCAGUGGUACCAACUGAUCUGCUAUUUUUAAAAUUGGGAUGGAACUAUCCAGAGGUAAGAUUAAACAGAUUACUGAGGAUAUCACGUAUGUUUGAAUUCUUCCAACGGACAGAAACAAGGACAAACUAUCCAAACAUCUUUAGGAUUUCUAACCUCGUCAUGUAUAUUGUGAUUAUCAUCCACUGGAAUGCAUGUGUAUACUAUUCUAUCUCUAAAGCCAUUGGAUUUGGGAAUGAUGCAUGGGUCUAUCCUGAUGUUAAUGACCCUGAAUUUGGUCGACUGGCUAGAAAGUAUGUUUAUAGUCUCUACUGGUCAACAUUAACCCUAACCACCAUUGGUGAAACUCCACCUCCUGUUUUGGACUCUGAGUAUGUCUUUGUGGUGGUUGACUUCUUGAUUGGAGUGUUAAUUUUUGCUACUAUCGUUGGUAAUAUCGGCUCCAUGAUUUCCAAUAUGAAUGCAGCCAGAGCAGAAUUUCAAGCAAGAAUCGAUGCUAUAAAACAGUAUAUGCAUUUUCGAAAUGUAAGCAAAGAUAUGGAAAAGAGGGUUAUCAAAUGGUUUGACUACCUAUGGACAAACAAAAAAACAGUAGAUGAAAGGGAAGUCUUGAAAUAUCUGCCAGAUAAACUGAGGGCAGAGAUCGCCAUCAAUGUUCACCUAGACACAUUAAAGAAGGUACGCAUUUUUGCUGAUUGUGAAGCUGGACUAUUGGUGGAACUAGUCUUGAAGUUACAGCCUCAAGUCUACAGUCCUGGUGAUUACAUUUGCAAAAAAGGAGAUAUUGGGCGGGAGAUGUACAUUAUCAAAGAAGGGAAAUUGGCUGUGGUAGCCGAUGAUGGGAUCACACAGUUUGUGGUCUUGAGUGAUGGUAGUUACUUUGGGGAGAUUAGCAUUCUUAACAUUAAAGGGAGCAAAGCUGGGAACCGAAGAACAGCCAAUAUUAAAAGUAUCGGAUACUCAGAUCUCUUCUGCCUAUCAAAAGAUGAUCUCAUGGAAGCUUUAACUGAAUACCCAGAUGCUAAAUGCAUGCUAGAAGAGAAGGGCAAACAAAUCUUGAUGAAGGAUGGACUAUUGGACAUAAAUAUUGCAAAUGCAGGAAGUGAUCCUAAGGACCUAGAAGAGAAAGUCACACGAAUGGAAGGAUCAGUAGACCUCUUACAAACAAGGUUUGCCAGGAUUCUGGCUGAGUAUGAAUCAAUGCAGCAGAAGUUGAAGCAAAGGCUAACGAAAGUGGAAAAAUUCUUGAAACCAUUAAUUGAAACGGAGUUCUCAGAUAUUGAAGGGCUAGAAACAGAGAAAGGACCCACAGAAUCUACACAGGAAUGAAAUGAUAUGAAAUGACAGGGACCAUUAACUGGACUUUGUGAAUUAUUUGGGUGGUAAGGACCCAAGGCAAAUGUGAAAUAUCUAUUCAGCAGUACUAUAAAAUUGUCUUUUCAUACUGGGAAAGUACGUGUCUAUGAAACAAUGGGAAA